UAAUGCCUGCGCUGGAUUUAAGCGCAGCUGCUCGAGUCGAAGCUGCGACGAGACCACCACCAUCCUCCUCCAGUCCUCUUUCAUCCCGGCGCUUUACUCUCCGUGCUCCCGAGUCAAGAGCUUCAUCAUGCCCGGCGAAGCCUUUGUGACACUGGCCACCAACGACAGCUACGCCAAAGGGGCAAUGGUCCUGGGCUGCUCGUUACGAGACCACCACACCACCAGGAAGCUGGUCGCCCUCAUCGGACCUCACGUAGCAGAACCCUGCAGGGAGGCACUGCGCGCCAUCUUUGACGAGGUGCGACUGGUGGACAUCACAGACUCGGGCGACACAGCCCACCUCGCCCUGAUGCAGCGGCCCGACUUGGGCGUGACCUUCACCAAGCUGCACUGCUGGACGCUGACGCACUACGACAAGUGUGUGUUCAUGGACGCCGACACCAUGGCGCUUACCAACAUCGACGAUCUCUUUGAGCGGGAGGAGCUUUCGGCGGCGCCAGACCCCGGUUGGCCCGACUGCUUCAACUCCGGGGUCUUUGUUUUUCGGCCGUCCGUGGAAACGCAUGAGAAGCUGCUGACGUUCUGCGCUGAACAUGGAAGUUUCGAUGGCGGCGAUCAGGGCAUCCUCAACAGUUUCUUCGAUACGUGGGCCACAGCCGACAUAUCCAAGCACCUCCCUUUUGUCUACAACCUCAGCAGCAUUUCCAUCUACUCUUAUCUGCCCGCUUUCAAACAUUUUGGCCACAACGCUAAGGUGGUCCACUUCCUGGGCAAGACUAAACCGUGGAGCUACACCUACGAUGCCCAGAGCAGUGAGGUGAUGGGCCGGCCCGAGGGCCCCGACUCCAACCGGCUGCACCCGGACUUUCUGCAGUCCUGGUGGCAAUUGUACACCACGUCCGUAAUGCCUCUGCUGGAGCGAUCCUAUGGCGACACGCCUUUCACCAGCGGCGUCACCGACGCGGCCAAUGACGAGAAGCUCUGGCAGGACGAGUACAGCGGUCAGACUGAGUCCUCCUCGUCCUCCACAUCAGCCGGCGCCUCUGCCAGUGUGACGUCCCCAUCCCAAUCCAUCUCCUCAGAGGAGCGAAAGCGGCGCUGGGAGGCGGGCCAGAUAGACUACUUGGGCGACGACUCCUUCGCCAACAUCGAGCGCAAGCUGGACUCCUUCCUCAAGUAGCACGACAAGCUGUGAUGGACAGAGGGGAGUGUAAGGAAUGGAACCCCCCCCCAACGACUUCUGCCCCACGUCCACAGAUCCAAUCACAGAAGGUGAAAUUAGAUUGUUGUCUUCCAUCCUCACUAAAUGCACCUUCUCAGUUUUGUGUGAGUGAGAGCGAAUUUCUUCAAGGAAAACAUGGGAUGUCCCUUCAUCCCCAAAGAGCUUGAUUGUAGUUGAUUAGCAUUUGCCACUUAGCAUCAACGGGCGUUAUACAGCAAUAGCAGAGUAACUCUAUAAUGACACUGUUGUGCCAAGAAUAUGCCAAUGGCAUCAUUUAUUCUUACUUGGUAACUCAAGAGCAUGAAAUUAUCAACAGGAUGCAUAUGCAAUUUUUUUUUGGAGGGGGGGUAUCCUGCGACUUAAUACUGUUAACAAUGAAGCUAGACUUUGCAUGAGGGAAAUGGCACAAGAUCACGCAGCAGAGUAACACGCAAAUGCCAAACUAUCAGUCCAACUAAAAGGCAGUUGUGAUUUUGAGUUUAAUUUGUCACUGAAGAACACUAACACUUGAUGAAAUUAGCCACGUAGACAACACUGGAUAGCCGAGAGCGAUAUUGGUACAGCCAUUCUUUUCUUAUUCUUAAAAUUGUGGAUAAUGUCUUAGCUUUACAGGAUAAAGUUGGGCGAGUUUAAAAUAAUAUAACAAAAUAAAUAAUAUAGCAAGGGCAAUUAGAUGGUUACACAAAGGCAGUAGAAAAUGAGAAAUUGUCCGACACGUGCAGAUCACAUGUACAGGAAUUAAAUUAUUUUGGCAAUAUGUGAUCCUUGUAUCAUAGAAGAAAUACGGACAAUUAGUCCCUCAUUCCAUGUAAAAAAAAAAAAACUUUAGUCUAAUUUCUGCUUGUGUGGAUACUGUAAAUGUUCUUGUAUGCUUUCAAAAUGUUAUAAAUAUGAAUAAAGUAAGCACAGCAUUUAAUUUUCCGCAUUUUGUUUCAGCCUUUUCCCACAAUGGAUUAAAUUGAGUACCAGUAAAGUAUAUUGUCUGCCAGUAAAGUAUAUUUACACCACAGAGUAUUCCUAGCAUUCACUUUUAAUUUCACAAACAAAAGAAUUUAAUCCAUUUUGGAAUAAGGCUGCAAUGUAAAAUGUGGAAAAUGUACUUUCCGGAUGCAGUACGACUUAUUCACGGUGCUUCACCCCCAACAUGGGCAGAGAAUGAAUUGGGUCUUUUAUAAAGUGGAAUUGGGGGAGGGAGGUAGAGGGGGUCAUGUAGCAGGCCCGUUUCUGGCUGGUGAAGCACGGGCUACAUUUUUCUGUUCCGGUUGCCCGGCAACUGUUCAGAUGUGGAAAAAUUUCAGGACUCGAGGGCAGCACGGAGCACAAGUAGUCAUGCAUGUCUGCCUCGGUCCUGGUUUCUGAAUGGUUGUUUGUGCCGUAUGAUAAGUGGAAUAAAAAGAAAGAUGGACGUGCAAAGAUCCAAAAGUUUUUAAGCCUCCCUUGAGAUUUAUGUUGAAACACUAUAGUAGAGCGCCACCUACCUCCCAUCCUUGUGCAUGCAAGUUCUAUCUGCUGUCUGUUGUCCACCUGUAGCACUUUUGUGGCUUUCCAACCAGCUGCCUUAUUACCGUGUUCACUGUUUGACCUCACUUCAUUGCAAGAAAUUGUCCAUUUUGCUGAUGGAAGUGAGUUAUAGCCUGAAAAAAAAAAUGUUAAAGUGAAACGUCAUUGCGCAAUCCCCUUGUGGCUAAUAAAAGAUCAGCAACUUAAGAA